UCCUGGGCAAGCACUUGGUCUAACAGACGCACACCAUGAGGGCUGUGCUGCUGCUGGGGUCCCUGCUGGUGAGCCUGGACCCCACACUUUCCGUGAAGGAUGUGGGAACUGGGAGGACAGUACUGGGAUGGUCCACUGCCAGCCAUGCCCCUGGCCGUGACCUGGUGGAAGCUGAAACUGGGCCAGGAGACUCAGGCAGAGGGUACAGACAACCUGAGCUGGUGGACACGAGGGUAUGGCCUGUAAUUCACAAGACUCCACCUUGGAACACCCCCAAGAAGCAUAAGCAUGACACGGGAGAACAUUCCGUGGUUGUCACCGUCAGUGGGGAGCCGUGCCACUUCCCCUUCCAGUACCACGGGCAGCUGUAUUACAGAUGUACCCACAGGGGCCGGCCUGGUCCUCAGCCCUGGUGUGCUACCACCCUCAAUUUUGAGCAGGACCAGAAGUGGUCAUACUGCCUGGAGCCCAAGAAAGUGAAAGACCACUGCAGCAAACACAGCCCCUGCCGGAAUGGGGGGACUUGUGUGAACAUGCCAAACGGUCCACCACACUGCCUCUGCCCAGAGCAUCUCACCGGGAAGCACUGCCAGAGAGAGAAGUGCUUCGAGCCUCAGCUUCUGCAGUCCUUCCAUGAGAAUAAGAUAUGGUACAGGCUCCAACCGGCAGGGGUGGCCAAGUGCCAGUGCAAGGGGCCGGAUGCCCACUGCAAGCCUCUGGCCAGCCAGGGCUGCCGCACCAAUCCGUGUCUCAAUGGCGGCAGCUGCCUGGAGGCGGAGGGCCGACGCCUGUGCCGUUGCCCCGCGGGCUACGCGGGACCCGUCUGCGACGUGGACACUGAGGCGAGCUGCUACCAUGGCCGCGGGCUCAGCUACCGUGGCUUGGCCCAGACUACAAUCUCGGGCGCACCAUGCCAGCCGUGGACCUCGGAGGCCACCUACCGGAACGUGUCUGCAGAGCAAGCGCGCAACUGGGGACUGGGCGGCCACGCCUUCUGCCGGAACCCAGACAAUGACACCGGCCCGUGGUGCUUCGUGCUGAGCGGCGAUCGGCUGAGCUGGGAACACUGCCGCCUGGCACGGUGCCGGCUCCCAGCCUCGGCCACGCCCCAGCUCCUGCGUCCUACCCGGGACCCCUCUGGGAGUCAGGACCUGCCCUCACCCGCGCCUUCGGCUUUGCAGCAGCCUCAGCCCACGACCCAGGCCUCGCUUCAGUCCCAGACCACAGCCUGGGCUCCUCCUACAGUCUCGGGCACGCCCCCGGAGCAGUGGACUUCAGUGCCCCCGACGAGUCCGCUGGGCUGCGGGCAGAGGCUCCGGAAGCGGCUGUCCUCACUGAGCCGCGUCGUCGGGGGGCUGGUGGCGCUGCCCGGAGCGCACCCCUACAUCGCCGCGCUGUACUGGGGCCACAAUUUCUGCGCUGGCAGCCUCAUCGCUCCCUGCUGGGUGCUGACCGCAGCUCACUGCCUGCAGGACCGGCCGGCCCCUGAAGAGCUGACGGUGGUGCUCGGCCAGCAAGUCCAUAACCAGAGUUGUGAGCAGUGCCAGACUCUGGCGGUGCGCGCCUACCGCCUGCAUGAGGCCUUCUCACCCACCAGCUAUCAGCACGAUCUGGCUCUGCUGCGCCUUCAGGAGAACACGGACGGCAGCUGCGCGCGCCUGUCACACUUCGUCCAGCCCGUGUGCCUGCCGAGCUGCGCCGCCACACCCGUCCAACGCAAGGCCGCUGACUGCGAGCUGGCCGGCUGGGGGCACCAGUUCGAGGGGUCUGAAGAAUACGCCAGCUUCCUGCAGGAGGCGCAGGUGCCGCUCAUCGCGUCUGAACGCUGCUCCGCCCCCGACGUGCACGGAGCGGCCUUCACCAGCGGCAUGCUCUGCGCUGGCUUCCUGGAGGGGGGUACCGAUGCGUGCCAGCCCUUCAGAGAACCGGGUCCAUGAGAUUUCAUCAUGCAAGGUUUAGAUUCACUUCCAGCUAACGUUUAUUGCGCUGCUAUUAACAUUUGGAGUUCAUAGAGCAGCAUUUCUCAACCUUGUCUGUACAUUGGAGUCGCCUGGGGAAAAGAUGCCCAAGAUUCAAGCCAGACCAAUUAAAUCAGUAUCUCCAGGGAUGGGAACUGGAUAACGGUAUGUGUGUAAAACUCCAAGGGUGAUUCCAUGUGUAACCAAGGUAGAGAACUAUUGUUAGAAAAGCCUAAAGUUAAAAUAAUGGUGUGACUCCUUGGAAUACCACCUCCCCAACUCACACUAGGCGACCAGCAAGAGUUGCCAGGGAACUUGUUAGAAAUGCAAAUUCUGAUACUACUGAAUCAGAAACUCCCCGAUGGGGCCCCCCAAUCUGUUUUACAGACUUAUAGGGAGUUCUGAUGCUCACGUUUGAGAACCAGAAUCUAGGGGUUGAAUGGUUCUCUUCCAGGCUCAGAGGUCCGACUGCCCGAGACAUCGCCAUGUCUUUUUAUUCUUAAGCUACGUGUACUGUGAUCUACGGGUCAUUUAAGUUGAUUUUUGAGGGUAA